AUGGAACUAGCUGGCGAGCCUUCUUCUAUUGGCGAAGACUUAUUCCCUUGGAAAAAGUUUUGGGCUGUAAAAAAUAUAGCUCCAAAAAUCAAGAUGUUUAUCUGGAGAGCUUUACACAAUGGGUUAGGAGUUCUACAGCGAAUCGGAAAAUUCGUGGAAGGAGUUGACACCGUGUGCAGAACCUGUAAUACACAUGAGGAAAGUACUGACCACCUUUUGAUUCACUGUAAUAUAUCGCAAACAGUAUGGUUUGCGUCUCCUUUUGGUUUGAGACUUCAAGACAACCAGCACUUUACCUUACAUCAGCUGAUCGGACAAUGGCUCAAUCAUCAGGACAGUCGCUACAUAUUUGGUUUGGGAGCUUCAAUUUGCUGGGCACUAUGGAAAGCAAGGAACUCUAUGGUUUUUGAAAGGAAGCAGUUAAAUGUACAGGGCAUCCUUAAUAUUGCACUAUAUUGGUUUAAUCUAUAUUACAGAUUCAAUGAAGAUGGCGAAACGGAAGCUAACAAUCAACAGCAAGUUGAAAUUAAUACUCAUGCACCAAACUGGGUGACUCCACCGGCGAACGUUAUUAAAAUAAAUGUUGAUGCGGCUGUUAAAGAUGGUCAUUAUGCAGCUGCUGCCAUUACGCGUAAUCAUGAGGGGAUAUGCUGUGGAGCUAGCACAAUAUUAGGAUUAUCUGAUAAACCAGUGGUGGCUGAAGCAGAUGGUUUUUUACUCGCCGUAGAACCCGCUAUAUGGCUUGGAUUUGAUGAUGUUAUCAUAGAACGGGACUGUCAAGUGGUGACGAAAGUCUUGCGAGGAAAAAUGUACUCUCCCCCCUGGAGAAUUUGGAGAUUCAUUGAUAGCAUCAGCGCACGAGGCAGGUCAAUUAACAAGGUGGAGUUCAAUUUCGUACCUAAAAGGGCAAACAACACUGCUCACUCUCUUGCUGCCUAUGCCCUAUCUAAUAACGUCCAAUCUAAGUGGAUUUCAAAUCAAAUUCCUGGAAAUGUUGUUUCCAGUGUCGGUAUUGUGAGUCCUUUUUUCAUUUCUCUGUACCAAAAAAAAAAAAAAUCAUCUAGAAGCCAGUUUGAUGACACGGUCACACGGAUAUCAUCGAAUUAUGAACGGUUGUGA